GAGCCGCCGCGGGUCAGGGCUCGAUGUGGCUUCGUCGCGGGGGAGAUUCGUCGCCGAUGCGUUUCAACGUCGUUACGCGCGACGCGAGUGAUUCAUGAAUCAAAAUUGGAGCGAGAGCGCACGGUGUCAUCGUCACCCUAUCGAUCGACGAUUGCGCGACGUGCUUCGCUAGUGCCGAUCGAUGACCUGGAAGUUACGAUCCGCGAGAAACGCUACGGCAUAAUUGCAUUUCACCGAUAUUUAAACGCGAUCGCUUAAAAUAAAGUUGGACGCGAGUGAAUUUCGCACGCUUGGUUCACGGUUCUUCGAUCGUGACAUCGUCUUACGUUAUCGAUUCUUUUUUAUGCUACUUUUGACCUCUUCGGUUUUCGCGCGCACUUAAGAUCGUCUCUCGCGAGUGCACCCCUAUCGCACGUGCUCGUUCGGUGCAUUGCCGCGGGGCUGGGGAAGGAAGAGUAAGUGCGAAAAAUCGAAACCCUCGAUCGCGAACGCGAGCUGUGCUCCAAGUAAAUAUCACAGAUCUGGUGGCUGUGUGUAACACUGUGUCCGGUUAUAAUCGACCGUUCCAUUACAGCCGAAACUAUUCGUCGCACUUGAAUUGAUACGUCGAUAUCGAUACGUCGAUCGUGAUUAACUUGGUCAGCAAUUUCGUACGCACCCGGGUGAUCGCGCUCGAUAUUUGGCCGUUACUUGACGAGGUCAUCGUGUCGGAACGUAAGGGUGAAAUAUAGCGGCGGAAAGUACAAUCGGAGUAGUGUGGCAAAACGAUGAUUUGUUCUGCGAUCGAUAAGCGUCAGCGUUUCGAAAUUUCCGACAUUCCCAUCACCUCAAUAACCAGCAAGACGAAAAGAGCUUCGUAAUUUAUCAUCGUAAUUUAUCAGAGAAAGGUUUCGAUUAAACAAUUUUAUUUCUCACUCGAUCACACCCGUGUAUAGUUUAGGAGAAAUUGAAAUAAUUUUUUUCCCCAAGUUAUUUUCUCCGAUUGAAUCUUUUUAUUUUUAAACAAUAUAUUGCAUGUAUGUAUGCUUGAUUGGAUGUUGCAGAAGAGAAAAUACGGUUACGUCGGAAACGAACGUAGUAAAUCCUCCAAGUGUUUCGAAAAUUUAUCAGACUCGCAACCUAGUUGCGCUUGGACGUGUAUCGUACUGAAGUUUCGACAGCCGGAAUUUCAGAGACAAGUCGAAUCCACUUUGCAAGUUCAGUCGCGACCCGGCGAAUAUUUUAUUCCAUUCCGCAGAGGUUUACCGCGCGAUCGAACGCAUUAGUGGGACUCGCGACAGGGUAUCGAGACGGAAACGCUCGGAAUCCGAGGAAAGCGGCCUUUGAGUGGAGCUGCAAUCCACCCUGCUAUAGACAAUAAAACUAUAAUCGCCACUCAGAGAAGCUGUCGGAAGAAUCUCCGUUCCGUUACGUAUUCGUUUACCCGAUAAAUCCAACAAUCAUCCACUCGUCCGACGCACGCCCGUGAAAUUCUACAAUUAAAUUUACCUAACGCAGAAGAAUGCAUCGUUUAUAAUAAAAAAAAAAACAAAGCAAAACGAUAACGAAACGAGCAAAUAAAAUUUCAACUACUCGCAUUCUCCAUUUUGAGAAUCGCAUUCCACAUCGAUUGGAAAAUCUGAUAGAGAGAUCAAUUGGACGCGCUUAAGUUGUACAACGGAAAGUUGCUUUAAUUAGGAAGGAAGGAUCUCUCACGAGAUAAGGAGAACGAAUAUUGUGGCGUAAGAUGGGGAACACCGAACGAUCAUAACAUACGUUGUUAGAGGUCCCGUGUCUUGUUCUUGGGAGGCUCGAAAGACAAAUAGUCGUCGUCUCAUUAAAUGACGACAGGUACGUGAGCGACAAGACAGAUAGGGGGGGACGGCUCGUAUCGGUUCACGUCGACGGCAGCAACGAAACGACGACGAGGAACGACGGACGAUGUGGACGGCGGCGCAAUGCAGCAGCAGCAGCAGCAGCAGAAGCAACAGCAACGGCAACGAGAGCGGCAACAGCGUCGGGGGUUGCAAUUAGUGCCGGCUCGCUACGGCCGCGAGACUACGUAACGACUAAAGGAGGACGGAGGGUGCUACGCCGACCUCUAGGGGAUCGAGGGUGUGUGUAGUGCGCGUGAAAGGGAGACAAAAUGUGGUGGAGGUGGCGGUGGUGGAGUGUCGUGACGACGACGACGACGACGACGACGACGACGACGAUGGUGAUGAUGCUGGUCUUGGGAGCCGCUACGGCGUACUCGCCAUCGGUGGAACUAUCCGAUCUGGAUAAGCCAAUACCGAUUGUUGCCAUUAAUGGUGUAGUCGGAAACAAGGUGCAGCUCCCUUGCGACAUUUCGUCUGAUAACGACGAAGUCAACAUGGUGCUUUGGUACAAGGAAGGCGGGUCUGAACCAAUUUACAGCUUUGAUGUACGCGGUAGUCGGCAAUUCAGCGACGCCCGUCUUUGGUCGUCGCCCUCGGCAUUGGGACCAAGAGCUUUUUUUAUGUCAGCGACGAAUCCAGCUCACCUCAGCAUCGAUCGGCUGCAGGGCGUGGACGAGGGGAUCUAUCGGUGCCGGGUGGACUUCAGAAACUCGCCGACGCGGAAACAAAAGAUGAACUUAACCGUUAUAGUGCCUCCGUCGAAGCCGAUAAUAUUGGACGAGGCGAUGAAGAACAUUGGGCAACUCCGGGGCAUCGAGGAGACGUACAACGAGGGGAACGACGUGAACCUGAUUUGCGAGGUACGUGGCGGCAAACCGCCCCCGAAGCUGACGUGGUAUCUCGACAACACCGUGAUAGACGAGUCCUAUCUCUACAACGCCGAGACCGGGAUAACGGUUAACCACUUGGCGUAUCCGAAAAUUGGCCGACAGCAUCUCAAGGCGAGGCUGAUCUGUCAGGCCAGCAACACGAAUUUGGUGCCACCGCAAACCAGGCUCCUCAUCCUCAACGUGAAUCUAAAACCGUUGGUAGUUCAAAUCUUGACAAAGGAAGCGCGAGUUUCAGCUGGUUCACGGCCAGAAGCAGUGAUCACAUGGUGGAAAGCAAACAAGCCAAUCAAGAAGAUGGCUCAAACCUAUUCGCUCGAGAACAAUCAAACUUUGAGUAUCCUCAGCUUCGUGCCAACUAUAGAGGACGACGGUAAAUACUUGACAUGCCGCGCGGAAAAUCCUGCUAUAUCUGACAGCGCGCUGGAGGAUAAGUGGCGGCUUGACGUACAAUAUCAGCCCGUGGUCAAUUUAAGGAUGGGCGAAACGUUGAAUCCGGACGACAUCAAAGAAGGCGACGACGUGUACUUUGAGUGUAUAGUACGGGCAAAUCCGAAGGUGUACAAGCUUGCUUGGUUCAAGGACGGUAAAGAAUUAAAGAAUAAUUCUACGGCGGGUGUAGUCCUCAGCGAUCACUCUCUCGUCCUCCAAGGAUUGACACGUUACUCCGCCGGUGAUUACACCUGUCUUGCGGCGAACAGCGAGGGAAAGACCGCCAGUAAUCCAGUGUCCCUUCAGAUAAUGUAUGCGCCGGUGUGCAAGGAGGGCAAGAGCGAGGUGGUAGUAGGCGCUUUGAAACAGGAAACCGUGUCAUUAGUGUGCUCCGUGGAGAGCCAUCCGGCGCCGGUGACUUUUCACUGGACAUUCAAUAAUUCCGGCGAACUCGUCGAGGUACCGCACUCGCGUUAUUCUCACGUAUCGGCUCCCGGCACGCCAUCCGUCGCGGACAACCUGAAAGAGUACCAACAGUUUCACGGAUCCAGACUGAACUACACACCAGCCACGGAAAUGGAUUACGGUACGGUGGCAUGCUGGGCGAGCAACCAGGUUGGCAAGCAACGAACACCCUGCCUCUUUCAGGUUAUAGCCGCGGGUCGUCCGUACGCUCUUCACAAUUGCAGCGCGACGGAGAUGUCGGCGCCCCUGGAUAUGGAGGAACUCGGUACGAAGUCGGGAACAGGACUAGUAGUCCGAUGCCUGGAGGGCUACGACGGCGGUCUUCCUAUAUACAGUUAUCAGCUCGAGGUCGUGGCUGACGAGGACGGAAGUCCGAUUCUGUUUAAUAAAACCGUGCCGGCAGGUCCCAAUGGGCCGACCUUCGAAGUCGCGGGACUGACGACAGGAAGAAGCUAUCGACUUUUUCUUUACGCACUUAAUGCGAAGGGAAGGAGCGAGCCCGCCAUUCUCGAGCCAGUAACAUUGAAGGGUGUCGCUAUGUACACGACUGGCAACACCAACGCAUCGAUGCUGAAUCCGUUGUUGCUGGGCUUGGCAGCCAUGGCGACCCUUUUGGCCCUGGCCGUUGCUGGAAUCCUGGCGGCGCUCUACCGGAAGCACUCCACCGGCCGACCCGGAAGUCCAAAGCACGCUCCCAUCGUAUGCGAGCCGCCUAAUGCAGGUGCAACCACCCCAGUGCACCCUCAGACCAAACAGGCGGUCGAUGACAUCGAUCCGGACAUCAUACCGAACGAGUAUGAAAGAAGACCCUUAACGUACACCCCCGUCUAUAAGACACCACCACAACGAAGAAAGAAAGAUCGCGCCACCGAUGAGAACGCCUCACCGGAGAAAAGGCCGAUCGUUCAGCACGGUCUGGACUUGCCUCCGGAUCCGAUGUUGACCGACUGUCUGCCAACGCCCACCCUAAAUUAUCCGCAAAAUCAUGUGCCUCAGCAAAGCACUUAUAAUCAUCCGCCCACGAUGGCUGAUUUCAAACAGAUGGCCAUGGACGCCUACAAUCAGCGUAAUAACCAAAACGUAUAUUAUAGCCUUCAGAGGACGAGCAAAGGGCUUUCGAUGCCGCAGAGGCCCGUUUCAUCGUCGGUGUCCGCGCAAGGCAAAUUCCAUCAACCGGAAGUGGUGACUCGCUCGAAUCGGAUACAAGAGAGCUGUAUAUAAGUUCGGAGGAAUUCCCCUUGCGGGAUCGACCUCGUGAGCUUCUAAGACGCCGCCGACGAUUAUAUUUACACGCGUAAAUGUAAACGAAUACGAGCGAAGAGAACAGCGUUAGAGAUUCACGUGGAUUCACGAGACGCGAACGCGAAGUCUAUCUUCCCAUAGUUGGUGCGCGAGUUACAAACUACUCCGCGAAAUACACUUAACGUUUACCAAACAAAACAGUAGAGAGAAACUGGUGUGCGGUCGCUUCGGAUCGUAUUGACCAGGAACGCGAUCUCCUCUCGAAAUUACGCUACAUCUCGAUGCCGUCCCGUGGACGGCAUAUCUACGUUUUCAUAAUUUUACCGGAAAAUCGAGAUAAACGACUUUAGCAAAAUAGAAGGAGUACCUAUACAUGUCCAGAAUUAUUUCUUUACUGCCAUAUACUGAGGUAUAAACGGUAUAUCGUAACGUACAAAGAGUCUAACCCCUAAGUAGUUAACAUCAAUAACAAGAAGGAAGAGAGAUGAGGCUGGGUCAAAGUGAGCUGAGAGAAAAUUUCAACGGUGGCUUUAUACUUUAUUCAUACUUCCGGUUUCCAAGUCGCGCACAAAACAGCGUCUUUUAUAUAUACUUCACAUAUUCUUUUGGAACUUUUACAAUCUACAAGCUACUUUCAGGUUGCUCUGACAGUUUUAUAAAAUAAUACGGUUAAGAAGAGUAUGUAUUAUCCAUGGAUCAAAGCUUAUUCUCCAGCCUUACUCUCAAAAUACUAACAAUAUUAAUGUGAUCGUAUUCGAAGCUCAUCAAUGCUCAUGUUUUCUUACGCAAAAUUUUUAUAACGACCCAAGAAAAGACAUAUUCUUUCGAAAGACUUCGCCGAAACUCGAGAAAAUUCUCUCUUUAAGGAGCGACGUCUUCGUUCCCGAUCACUGACGCGGUACACGGACGUGGGUUUUACUGUUUAUAUGAAACUAGUUUUUGUACAAAGAUCUAUUGUAAAUAGACACGAGCCUGGCCCUAGAAUUAUAGUCACUAAUGUCCGAAUUUCAAUUCGUUACACGUUAAGCUGAGAAAUGUCCGAUCGCGUAAGAUAAAAUUCGAUGGCAUACGAAUACGAAUAAAGAGAAUACGUUUCAUCUGUUUUACACAAA